GGGGGAUCUGAGGGGACAGGUUUGGAAAGAUGAGCCCUUAGAAAGAAAAAGUUCCCAGGAUAGACACCAGAAAGAGAAAGAGGACAUCAAAGCCAAGAAGAAUGAGUUCUUGUACCAAUAUCUGUGGGGCCAAACAAGCACAGAAUACACCUGAGGGUGGAUAUCAACGCUAUGGAGUCCGAUCCUACUUGCAUCAGUUUUAUGAGGACUGUACAGCUUCCAUUUGGGAGUAUGAGGAUGAUUUUCAGAUCCAGAGAUCACCUAAUAGGUGGAGCUCGGUUCUCUGGAAGGUCGGACUCAUCUCUGGCACAGUCUUCCUGAUCUUAGGGUUGACCGUUCUGGCAGUGGGCUUUCUGGUGCCCCCCAAAAUAGAAGCCUUUGGAGAGGGAGAUUUUGUAAUGGUGGAUUCCCAGGCCAUUCAGUUUAAUGGAGCACUAGACAUCUGUAAGCUGUCGGGAGCUGUUUUAUUUUGUAUUGGAGGAAUGACCAUGGCUGCGUGCCUAUUGAUGUCUGCUUUUGCAAAAAGCUACUCCAAAGAAGAAAAAUACCUUCAGCAGAAGUUCAAAGAGAGAAUAGCAGACAUCAAAGCUCAUGCCCAGCCCAUCACAAAAGCUCCAGCCCCAGGGGAAACCAAGAUACCAGUCACUUUGUCCAGAAUUCAUAACAUCCAGCCUUUAUCAGAAACCUGAAGCUUUAUUCUGCCUCCCUUCUGUAAUUUAGACAUAUCAGUUAAAUGGGAGAACAUCACCUUUGGUAAUGGCAAGAAUAUGGCGUGUCACACACCAGUGGGCAGCAGCCACCGCCACCAGCUCUGAGGGAAAGCUGAGCAGAACUCAGAGCCAUUUGUUUCAGGCUUCAGAACAACGCAUACAUUCCACUCUUUAUGAUGUGUUUUUCCCUUUACUAAACUGGGAGACCCCACAGAAAUACUUUUUGACAUCCUGUGACUUCAUUGUCAUUUUCUGUGUUCUUUGAAAGUGCUAUACAAUUUUAGACCAGCCUUACUAGUGGUCAACACCCAACCUAAGGAUAAUGUGGUCUGGUUUCAUUUUUUUUAUUUUUUCCUGCUUAGUACUGUUUUCAGUUCCAUCCCUACCGAGUAGUAUAAGAUAUUGUCAAGUACAUUCAUGGAGAAACUGGUUUUCCUUAUUCUGACCUACAGCUUUACCUUUUAACUGUAUUACUUAACAUGAGGCUCCUCAUAUUAGACUCAAAUUUAUCACUCUCCCUUAUGGAUCCUAUGUGCCCUUGGAUUUCUUUGAGCAAAAAUGAUAAAAAAAAAAAAUCACCCAGUUGAGGAUCACUAGACAAUAUGAGCACAGUUGAAUGAAAAAUGAACAAAUAAAAAACAGCACUUGAAGUAAGGAAUCUGGAAUUCUAUUCCCUACUGCACCACUAAUUCACUUGGGUGACUCUGGGCAUUUCUCUAGGCCUCACUACAAUUUAUCUAUGAAAUGAGGGGAGUUGGACUAAAUAAUCUUUAAGGCCCUUUCCAGCUUUCAAUUCUUUGAUUAUUGUACACCAUAUGUGAUUUAUCCUCCUCCUCUGGGGUUUGUUUCAAUGUGUUUGUUCCUCAGACCAGUGUCAUUCUUUCACACCUUGACUCAUUGAAAGCCACAGAUUUGAGGUUCAUUGGUAACCUGUAUCCUGUUAUGUUCUAUUGACAAGGUAUCUCAAUACUUGACUUUAACUUGAUACUGAAAGAAGUUUAUACAAUGCUGUCAUAUUUUUAUAAAGACUAAAGAAAGCCAUCCUCAAAUAAGAAAUCUCUGUGAAGAUACUAACCUGAAAAGGAUUUUCCUUCACAGACAACAAAUUUUAUUUUCCUUGAAAGGAAGUCAUCUCCUCCCUUUGCGCUUUAAUUUAAUCUGUGGAUUUAAAUUAGGCUGUGAAAUGGAAGGUAUGACCAUGGUAUCCUCUCAAAAAUCCUCUCAAAAAAAAGCCAACUUAUAUUGCUAUUUUUGAAUGGAUAAAUAAAAUAUAUGAAUGA